UGAGUGUCAGGCUGUUAUCUUUGGUGAGACGUUCAAAUUCAAAUUUGUGCGGAUGUUGCAAUCGUGAGGAUGGGCACGAAAAUGAAUGAGACAUAUAUCGCUUGUGAUCCGACGCAUCAAACAGCUUUAGAUGCAUACGUAAAGAAACUGAAGGACCAAAUAGCGCUACGUCAGGGGAAACCGAAGGAAUGGUGUCUUGAUGACUUCGAAAUAGGCUGCCCCCUCGGUGAAGGGAAGUUUGGACAUGUGUACAUGGCAAGAGAGAAGACAACCGGGACUAUAAUUGCCCUGAAAGUAAUGCUAAAAUCAGAAAUUGUUCGUGGCAGAGUUGAAAGACAAGUUCUCAGAGAGAUAGAGAUACAGACCCAUCUGAGGCAUCCUCACAUCCUACAGCUUUACACAUACUUCUAUGAUGAGAGGAAGAUAUAUUUAAUUUUAGAGUUCGCUGCUAAAGGAGAAUUGUACAAAGUACUUCGUGCGUGCCCAAAUGGACGUUUCUCCGAACCUGUAGCGGCAAGAUACAUGUACCAGGUUGCAAACGCUUUGCAGUACUGCCAUGAAAAUAAUGUAAUUCAUCGUGAUAUAAAGCCUGAAAAUCUGCUCCUCACUUCCGAUGAUAAAAUAAAAAUGGCCGACUUUGGUUGGUCUGUACACGCACCAAGCAAUCGGCGAAAGACGAUGUGUGGCACCCUGGACUAUCUGCCCCCGGAGAUGGUAGAAGGAAAGCCUUAUGAUCAUAAUGUAGAUAACUGGUGCAUAGGUGUCCUCUGUUAUGAAUUUCUUGUUGGGAAACCACCUUUUGAAACAGAUUCUUCAAAAAAAACAUACAGUCUGAUACGAGAAGUCAAAUAUAAAAUACCAGACCACGUAUCUGAUUUGGCUAAGGAUCUAAUAAGUAAGCUCCUGCAACGCAAUCCAAAGCAGCGUCUCCCAUUAAAGCAUGUGAUGACACAUCCUUGGAUACAGAACCAUGUUAAAGACAUUUAAUGUAAAUGUAAAUUGUAUUUGUUCCUUUUACUGUACAUAUCAGAGAGCUGUUGUAUAUCAUACAUGUAGAAUCUUGUAUAUACUCUGCAUUUUUUUUUAUUUUUAUGAAAGAUUUAUAUGUUUGUGAAUGUUUAUAGCAUUUUAAGUAACUUCUCAACACCAAUAAAAGAAUAAUUUUAAUCUUGUG